UGUGAAUCAUGAAUUGCGUGGAUACUCGAGCAACCAGGAUCCAGUGAAUGGAGCUUGUGCCCACCAAGUCAGAGCAAAGCAGAGCAGACCUCAGGCACAUGUUGUUGACCAGAGGAAUUUAGAAGAAUGAGAAGGUCACGUCCAUCAAGGGGGGAUGUCAGCACUGCCUUCCUGGGACUGGAGGACUGAAAAGGAGAAAGGACCGGAAUUAUUUGAUAUAGGCUGCUUUUGACUACUGACACAGUCUGCUGUACCCUGGUGGUGGUGGAAGAACAGGACGGUCUCUCCUGCUUGGUUCUGUGGUAUCAACACAGUAGGGUCACCAUGAAUGUGACAAGUUUAUUUUCCUUCACCAGCCCAGCAGUGAAGAGGCUGUUGGGAUGGAAGCAAGGGGAUGAAGAAGAAAAAUGGGCAGAGAAGGCUGUUGAUGCAUUAGUAAAAAAACUGAAGAAGAAAAAAGGUGCUAUGGAGGAGCUGGAAAAAGCAUUAAGCUGUCCCGGUCAGCCCAGCAACUGUGUGACAAUUCCUCGUUCCUUGGAUGGCAGGCUCCAGGUUUCCCACCGGAAGGGGCUCCCGCAUGUCAUUUACUGCAGAGUGUGGCGCUGGCCAGACUUGCAGAGCCACCACGAACUGAAACCACUGGAAUGCUGCGAGUUUCCCUUUGGCUCAAAACAGAAGGAGGUUUGCAUCAAUCCCUACCACUACAAGCGGGUAGAGAGUCCUGUCCUUCCUCCAGUGCUGGUUCCAAGGCACAGCGAGUACAACCCCCAGCACAGCCUCUUGGCGCAGUUCCGCAACCUGGGACAAAAUGAGCCCCACAUGCCACACAACGCUACUUUCCCGGACUCUUUUCAGCAACCCAAUAGCCACCCUUUUCCCCACUCACCCAACAGCAGCUAUCCAAACUCUCCUGGAAGCAGCAGUAGCACCUAUCCACAUUCUCCAGCCAGCUCAGACCCAGGAAGUCCUUUCCAGAUGCCAGCUGAUACUCCCCCUCCUGCUUACCUGCCGCCGGAAGAUCAGAUGACACACGAUACCUCCCAGCCAAUGGAUACCAACAUGAUGGCACCUGCAAUUCCUCCUGACAUACACAGAGGAGAUGUCCAGGCAGUUGCUUAUGAAGAGCCGAAGCAUUGGUGCUCCAUUGUCUACUAUGAGCUGAACAACCGCGUCGGGGAGGCGUUCCACGCUUCUUCAACCAGCAUCCUGGUGGAUGGCUUCACUGAUCCUUCCAACAACAAGAACAGGUUUUGCCUGGGGCUGCUCUCCAAUGUUAACCGCAACUCCACCAUCGAGAACACCAGGAGGCAUAUUGGCAAAGGUGUCCAUCUCUAUUAUGUUGGUGGGGAAGUGUAUGCUGAAUGUCUCAGUGACAGCAGCAUUUUUGUGCAAAGUCGGAACUGCAACUACCAUCAUGGGUUCCAUCCCACCACAGUCUGCAAAAUCCCCAGUGGCUGCAGUUUGAAGAUUUUCAAUAAUCAAGAGUUUGCUCAGCUUUUGGCUCAGUCCGUGAACCACGGCUUUGAGACAGUAUAUGAGCUUACUAAGAUGUGCACUCUCCGUAUGAGUUUUGUAAAGGGUUGGGGAGCUGAGUAUCAUCGCCAGGAUGUAACGAGCACUCCAUGCUGGAUAGAGAUACAUCUUCAUGGUCCCCUCCAGUGGCUGGAUAAAGUACUUACUCAGAUGGGCUCUCCUCAUAAUCCUAUCUCUUCAGUGUCUUAAAAGGCCCCAAACUCCUGCAUUUUGGAAGCAGUUGAGCCUUGCAUGUACUUGAAAGAUGUAUGAGUCAGACACACACACAUUUAUUUUUUUUUCCCUCUGAACUGGCAACUGCUUAAUAAGAGCCACAUAAAUACUUGACUUCUGUGACCAACUGUUGGAUUCAGAAAACAAGAUAAAUAAACCCCUCUGACAUACUGUUGGUAUAAAGGAUGUUAGUUUAUGUUGUAACGUGCUGUGGCAAAGUUGAUUUGCUGGCCUUAGUACAACAGGGACGACUGAACCAGGACCGCAGCGUGUGGGACCGAGUUCCCGAAGGAUCUUCCUGUAGCUGGUGCUCUUGAGGUUCUCCUUCUUCCUUACAUCCGUGUUUUCCCCUGUGUCCUCUGGAGCUAAGAGCCGAUGUUGGUGAAGCCUGCUCUUUGCAGGCUCUCCUCAGUACUUCUUAAAAACGUUUUUCUCAAUUGAUGGUUGCUGUUCUCUUUAAAAGUAAAAAAAAAAAUUCCAUGGGGCUUAAUCUCAGAAACUAUGUACUAUCUUUGAAACUGUGUCCUGACCAUACUGCUGUAAGAAUGCUAGGUAUGUCUUUUGCUAAGUGUAUGUAUGGUGUAUUUGAAAAUUUAGAAAAUAAUUAGAUUUAGACCAUAAAGGAAUUAGGAAUAUUUGAACUGGGGGGAGGUGAGAGUGGGAGGGAAAAUGACAACUGAAAUGUAGAAUAUAUUGUAAACAUAGCGUGCUAGUUUAAACUGAGGUCUGAAUUUUGCUGUGCAUUUGUUCUUAUAGUGGCUUCAUCUUGUUAAUUCUGACUAUUUUUGCCUCGUCGUUUUCCCCCAAAACAAUUGCAAAGCUUCUUUUACCCAUGAAGAGGACAAAAUGAUUAAUUGCUGCAGUUUGAAGGCUGCAGCUUUGUGUAUUUCAAGACAAAAUUGUACAGAAUGCUCUUUAACUAUUAAGCAGUUUUAUACAGUUUAUGUAACAGAAGUAGGCUUUUAAUUUUGUAAGAGAACCUUGUUUUGCCAAAUCUAGUAACUGUUAAUUGUUUGGAGGACUUCAGUAUCCCUGUAUGGGUCUAUUUCAAACUUAAAAUAUAUAUAUAUUUUUAAUUUUUAUUUUUUUUUACUGCUUGGUUUAUUUUCUUCUCUUUGAUCUUUUAUAUUCACUUAAGCUGUAGUACUUUUAAGUAUCUUUAUUCCAAAACUAGUGGGUCCUCUUUACUGGAAGUUUUGAAUAAAACCUGUUGUUACUGCUUACAUUUGAUUAAAA